CAGUUUGAAAUUACCCACCACUUGUGUCUAAUUAAAAGUUCAGUGCUAAAUCGAUUUUGUUAUUCUUUGUCAUUGCGUUGUGGAAAUUCUCAGUGAGGUGCUAAUUUUCAUUUGUUUUUCAAAUUGCAAAACAAGUUAGUCAUAAUGAUAAAGAUCAGCUGCUUGUUCAUUUUUGCCCUGAUUGGAGCUGCCCUUACAUUUCCUGCCAGCGAUUCAGUCAAUCAACGAGAUCCCGUACAAAUAAAAAUUUCUAAUGAAGAUCCUCCAAUAUCUGCACUAGAAAACAAAGGAAGCAACGAAGCACUUACUCCUGUUUUGGACGAAGAUGAGAUAGGUUCAUUUAAUCCGGAUAUUCAAGCCAUUAAAGGUGAAAGCUUAGAGCCAGCAGAAACCUUUGGUUUUGGCUAUGGGUUAGGAUACUCUGGAUGGGGUGGUAGAUAUAAUGGUUACGGUGGAUAUGGGGGAUAUGGACGAGGCUAUGGUGGUUAUGGAGGAUACGGUGGUGGAGGAUAUGGAGGAUACGGAUGGAGACGUGGUUAUGGAGGAUAUGGGGGAUAUGGCCGAAGAAGCUACUAUUGGUAGAUAAAUUGUAUUCUUUUCAGAAUUAAAUGAAUGUGAAAAAUAUAAA